CGCAGGCGCAGUGCGUCGGUCACUGGUUGACUCCCUGGCUGCGAGCUUCAUUUCUCCUCAUUGUUGACCCGGGAGGAGGAAAGAUGGUGUUGGAUCUGGACUUGUUUCGGACGGAUAAAGGAGGGGACCCGGACCGCAUCCGAGAGACGCAAAAGAACCGCUUCAAGGACCCGGGACUCGUGGAUCGGCUGGUGAAGGCGGACGGCGAGUGGCGAAAAUGCAGAUUUCAGACCGACAACUUGAACAAGCUGGAGAACCUAUGCAGCAAGACAAUUGGAGAGAAAAUGAAGAAAAAAGAGCCAGUGGGAAAUGAUGAGUCCAUUCCGGAGAACUUGUUAAAUCUCGAUGACCUCACUUCAGACACUUUAGCUAAUUCAGAGGCCGUGCAUCUUUCUCUCCCGCUCUUGUUUCCUCAGGAUGCGGACAACAAAGUCGAGAGGAUCUGGGGUGACUGCACGGUCAAGAAGAAGUACUCGCACGUGGACCUGGUGGUGAUGGUCGAUGGCUUUGAAGGCGAAAAAGGCGUCGUGGUGGCUGGGAGUCGAGGGUACUUCCUGAAGGGGCCCCUGGUGUUCCUGGAACAGGCGCUCAUCCAGUACGCCCUUCGCACCUUGGGAAGUCGGGGCUACAUUCCCAUUUACACCCCGUUUUUCAUGAGGAAGGAGGUCAUGCAGGAGGUGGCACAGCUCAGCCAGUUUGAUGAAGAGCUUUACAAGGUGAUUGGCAAAGGCAGUGAAAAGUCUGACGACAACUCCUAUGAUGAGAAAUACCUGAUUGCCACCUCCGAGCAGCCCAUCGCUGCUCUCCACCGGGAUGAGUGGCUACGGCCAGAGGAUUUGCCCAUCAAGUAUGCUGGCCUGUCCACCUGCUUUCGCCAGGAGGUGGGCUCCCACGGCCGGGACACCCGCGGCAUCUUCCGAGUCCAUCAGUUUGAGAAGAUCGAGCAGUUUGUCUACGCGUCACCACAUGACAACAAGUCGUGGGAGAUGUUUGAAGAGAUGAUCUCCACCGCGGAGGAGUUCUACCAGACCCUGGGCAUCCCAUACCACAUCGUGAAUAUUGUCUCAGGUUCUUUGAAUCACGCUGCCAGUAAGAAGCUUGACCUGGAGGCCUGGUUUCCGGGCUCGAGAGCCUUCCGGGAGCUGGUCUCCUGUUCUAACUGCACAGACUACCAGGCUCGCCGCCUCCGAAUCCGAUACGGGCAAACCAAGAAGAUGAUGGACAAGGUGGAGUUUGUCCACAUGCUCAACGCCACCAUGUGUGCCACUACCCGCACCAUCUGCGCCAUCCUGGAGAACUACCAGACGGAGAAGGGCAUCGUCGUGCCCGAGAAGUUGAAGGAGUUUAUGCCGCCAGGUCUCCAAGAACUGAUUCCCUUUGUGAAGCCUGCGCCCAUUGACCAGGAGCCAUCGAAGAAGCAGAAGAAGCAGCAGGAGGGCAGCAAAAACAAAGGGGCAGAGAGCGAUGUCACCCUGGAGAGCCGGCUGCAGAGCAUGGCGCUCACCGAUUCCUGAACAUUCCUUCCCCCCAGUUCGGUCAGCUGGGAUCCCAGAGCCUGCCCGCAGGCGGGGAAGCCAGACAUGCCCUCUCAUCGCCUGCACCGACUGACUGCAUUGCUGAAACGGGAGCCCUCUGCCAUGCACACUGCAGUGUUCCUGUCUGCUCGCGUGAGCCUAGGACACAACCACUGAGGACUGAGGAAGCCAUGCCAUGAGCCUCCCCUGCGGAGGUGAGGACUCGCCCGCAGUCCUCCGCCUGGGCCUCAAACCCUGGCUCACAGCUCUCCCUGGAACCACACUCACUUGUGCUUUUCCUCCUAAAUAAAGCUGUUCCAUGUAGCAAGUCA